UUUUUUGAAGCUAGCUCCAGUUCCACUAAACAUUCAUACUCAAAACAAUCUCUCCCCACCAAGCCCCACAUUCACCCAAUGGAUAUUCAGAUGGCAAUUUUUCAUUGUGUAGAUGAUUUUACCAGGCAAUAUAUUUUGGCCAAACUUGCCAUUUGCCAAUUUGCCCUCCCCCUUGUAGUGCCUAAUCCUUGCAAUUCUCAGAUUGAAUUCUCCCUCUGGUCUCUCAGAAAAAUCAGGAGAAGUUGGAAAAGUUGGCAGCAAGGCAGGAAAUCACCAAAUGGGAAGAAGAACAGUUACAGGAAUCAGCAGAUGUGUUGUGUCUCUACCCCCAUUGUGUCCUUCAUCAGAGUUGGGGAUGGCUUCUCUGCUUCCAAAUCUCAGAUCAUGAACUGUCUUCUUGGUAAAAGUAAAAACAAUAUGUUUUUUCACCGCCACUGCAGAGGAAGCACAAAAGACUGUCUCUUGAUGGAGGGUGUGGUGGAAGUCAGCUGGUUCUGUCCUGGGGGUGAUGAUGGGGACAGAUUUGACAACUGUGUGACCUUCACCAAUCUUCAUGGAGAUGCAAAGGAGCAUAAGCAGCAGCUCACCUUCCUGCAGGAAAUCUCUUCUCUCAUUGUGGUCCUCAUGUCAGUUUCUGAUAACAAUGAAGAAAAUAGGAAGCUUGUUCGUGACCUCUACCAGUCACCAAAACCUUUGAUCUUCUUGCUUGAUGACAAAGAAGAAAUCAUGGACAAAAAGUCUGGUAAGAGAGUUGGAAUUGGCAUCAGGAACAGAAAUGAGGCAGAAUUAACGGAGAAGAUCACAACUGCAAUCAGGCAUUUGUUAGAGUCCUCUGACAUUUCCCUCAGCCUGGAAGACUGUUCCCUGAUUGCUCGCCAGCAAGGAUUCCUUAUCGAUGAAGACCAGAGAGACUGCAAAGAAGCCAAAGAAAAGGCACAGACUCUAAUGGCCCUCCUGUCAGAAACAGAGUUAUCUCACGUGAAGGAACAUUUACUGCCCUUACAGGGACAACUGUGGCACCUGUGGUGUAGAAAGGACAAAGAGCUCUACCAUCUGACAGAAAAGGGGAAUCGGAGCAUUGAGCAACACAAGAGUGACAUUGAGACAGAGAAACAAGAGAUACGGCAACAACAGUUGAGCAGAGCCUUUCCUCUCAAUGAUUUAAUGAGAUCUGUUCUUGAAAUUCUUCAAGGAAAUUCAGAAACUCACACCAAGCUCUACUUUUUACAGUGGCUGAGUGUGUUUUUGGAUAAUCUGACUACACAACACUUAGAACAAUUGCGUGAGAAGCAAAGAUCAUUGUGGUCAAAGGUACAAGAGGAGAAGAAAAAUAUGCCAGAGAGCAGUUCUCUGAAAGACUGGCAAAGUCAGAUAGAAGCCAUUUCCUCAGAGAUUGAUAAGUGUACUCUUGGAGUUGAACACCUUCUCAGAGAAGCUGGCCAGAUCUAUGAAGCCUUGGAAGAAUCAUCCUCCAAAAAAGAGCUUCUCUUUCUUUCCCUUCCUGAAAUUGCUGCAGAUCUGAUGAUAGCUGGUGUUCCCAUUGAACUGAUGGAUGGGGAUGCCUCAUAUGUGCCUCUAAAGUGGGUCGCAGCUAUUUUUGACAAGCUUGCUGAGAAACUUGGAGACAAAAAGCUGUUUGUUCUCUCUAUCCUUGGCCUGCAGAGCUCAGGCAAGUCCACUCUGCUGAAUACACUCUUUGGGCUGCAGUUCAUGGUCAGUGCAGGCAGGUGUACCCGGGGGGCCUACAUGCAGCUCCUGAAGGUGGAGGAGACAUUCACAGGGGAACUUGGCUUUGACUUUGUGCUGGUUGUGGAUACUGAAGGUCUCCGAGCCCCAGAACUCAGCAAUAAAUCCCAGAAUAGAGACAAUGAGUUGGCAACCUUUGUCAUUGGACUUGGGAACUUGACUCUCAUCAAUAUUUUUGGGGAGAACCCAUCAGAGAUGCAGGAUAUCCUACAGAUAGUUGUCCAAGCCUUUCUGAGGAUGAAACAGGUGAAAAUCUCACCAAGUUGCAUCUUUGUCCAUCAGAAUGUGGGGGAAGUUACUGCUGAAGACCAAUUGAUGGAAACACGUAGGAGACUAGAGCAGAGACUAGACGAAAUGGCAAAAUUAGCAGCAGAACAAGAACAGUGCUCAGACAUCACCUGCUUCAGUGAUGUCAUUAAGUUUGAUGUCAACACUCAAGUCUACUACUUUGCUCACCUCUGGGAUGGCAAUCCUCCAAUGGCCCCUCCCAAUCCUCGCUACAGCCUCAACGUGCAGGAACUGAAAAGAAAAAUUCUUAUGAGUGCCAAACAGGAAUCCAAGGGAAGCAUCAUGAAGAUAUCAGAUGUAAAAUCCCGUGUUCAAGAUUUGUGGAAAGCUCUGGUGAGUGAGAACUUUAUUUUCAGUUUCAAGAACACCCAAGAGGUGGUGGCCAUGAGCAAACUGGAAACCAUGUACAACCAGUGGACCUGGGAACUGAGGAGUCAUGUGCUGGAACUGCAGCUCCAGCUGACCAACCAGAUUAAGAAUGGGAAAAUGCAGAGACUUAGCAUAAGUACAAUUGAGGCCCCAGUUACAGAAAAAUAUGAAGCUGUCAAGCAAGAAUUUGAAAAAUUUUUAAAAGAAGAUAAAGAUAGUGAAAUAUUGAUUCAAUGGAAAGCAAAUUUUGAGCAUAAACUCCUCAUGCUUAAAGAGACACUUAUUGCAGAAUGCACAAGAAAAAUCAAUGAACUUAUUAGUUUUAAAAAAAGUCAAGAAAGUCUGGAUAAGAAAAAAACAGAAUAUGAAAGAGAAUUACUGGAAAAGAGCAGGAAGUUGGCUUUAUCUAUAAAGAAUAAAGAGUUAAGUGUGGAAGAACUACAGGAGAAAUUUAGUCAACUUUGGACAAAAUGGGUCUGUGAUGUGUCCUCAAAUAUCCCUCAAGUCAAAGAGCCUGACAUUGAGCUGGAUUAUGAAAGAACCCUUUUGGAUUAUUUCAAAAGUGAUAAUAACUAUGUGGUGGAGGCACUGAAGAAAAGUUCCAGAGAGAAGUUUCAAAUUGAUUACCCCAGACAUAUCACAAUGAGUAAGACAUUUUACGUCUUCUCAAAGCACAUAGAGGUCCGUGACGAAGAAUCCAUUAAUGUUGCUACUAACCACAUCUUUGCAAGAUUUGAGGAAACUAUUAACCACAUUCGUUUGCAACAGCGUGAUUACGAUUCCAGUGAUUUCCAUAAAAUCCUGAGAAUAAUAGAAGAGGAAGUGAAAUCUGAACCCAAAAAAGAAAGAUACUCAUUUACAAACAAAUAUAAGAUUGACAUAUCUUUGCAUUUAUUUAGAAAAGCCUCACAGCAUUUUAAAGAAAUGCAUGCCUCAUUCAAGAGAGCAAAUGACCCUGUUAAUUAUUUGGAGUCUAAGAAAGAUGAUUUCUUCCUGAGUUUUAAAAUCUCCUGCCAAGGAGCAACUUCUAUCAAAACAUUUGUUGAUUUUCUAUGGAACAAGCUCUCCCCAGCUGUGUCCACCACCAUAAGGGAAAAAACAGUCCCUAAAAUUGCUGGGGACAUGAGAAGUUGCCCUGAAUUCAAUGGAAACAGAGCUAACUUGGAGAAACACAUUCUCAUCUCUCUGGCAGAGGAAGAGAACUUUGAAAAGUACUGGCAAUAUAUUCAUGAUCCAAAAUCAUUUUUCAAAAGUUACAUUGAAACGCGAGUUAGAAAAUACUGUUCAGGAUCAGGAGCUGAAAAUAUACAGGAUAGUUUAAAGCAAAGUUUAGAUUAUAUCAAGAAUGUCCUGCUCUCUGCUAUUCAUAAAUCCACAGCAGAAGCUAAAGACAAAAGCAGCACUGCCUCUGAGUGGCUGGAUUUGUUCUGUGAUCACCUGGGGAGCAACCUCAUCUUUCCACGAAGUGACUUGAUAAGCAUUGAACACCAGGAGAUUUUAGACAUGCAGUUUCUCAAGCAAGCCAUGAGUGCAGAUUUGGGUCCUGCAAUGAAGAUAGUUGAACAAAAUUGUUUGCGUCAGCCUGUAGGUGAAAUGGUUCUUGUGGUUGAAAAAAUACUCUAUGAACACCUGUGUGGCUGCUGGAAACAGUGUCCGUUCUGCAGAGCCAUCUGCACAAACACAAUUCCUGAACAUGAUGGAGACCACAGUGUUCCCUUCCACCGUCCUCAGGCAGUCAACGGCUGGCACUGGAUAAAAACAGACAACUUUUCCAUUGAUUGUUGUAGUACCAUGGUGGCCAGUGACUGCUCAUUUAUUUUACAUGAUGACCAGAGUUUCCCAUACAAGAACUACCGACAGGCAGGAGGGGAUUAUGCCACGUGGAGCAUCACUCCAGAUUCAUCCACCCAGCCCUAUUGGAAGUGGUUUGUCUCUCACUUCAGAUCAAAUCUAGAAGAGAAAUAUGCGUUGAAAUUUGCAGGUAAAGGUCAAAUCCCUGAUGCAUGGGCCAGAAUCACAAAGCAGCAAGUGCUUGAUGACUUGAAACAACAGUAAUAUUCUUAUGGUCACAAGAGUCCCAGCAUCUAUCUACCUGAAGAAACACAAAAUUUGUCCUCAUAGUGAGAAGUACACUCCUGCCAUUUUCAAAAUACAUGCUGCAAAAAAAAGUCAAUCUGUUCAAGAAUUACAGAUUUCCUUUGAAAGGAUUUUAUUUCUCUGUGCUUCAACUUCCUCUGAUGUAAAGGAAACUGUAAAAUACACAAACACGGAAUAAAAUCAGUAUCAUCCACUUCAACACCUAUUCAUGAAGCUAGCAUAGUGGUAUAGCAGGCUACGCUUUCAGGGUCUGCAUCCCAUUCGGAUGCCAGUUAACAUCUUGGUUGGUCCACUUCCAUUUCAGUUCACUGCUUGACCUGGGAAAGCAGCAGAGGAUGG